GAAUCUCCCGCCAUUUUUCAAUCCCUUCUUUCUCUUUUUUGUGUGCGUAAAUUGAGCGGGAAACCGGCUAGGGACUGGAAGUGACCGACCCACGGAGAAGGCAAGGAACCCCCGGCCAAAGGAUUAGGACAGCUAUUGCUGUCUCCAGACGCGCGCAGCCUGACGCCUUGUUGUUCCAGGGAUGGCGCCGCUGCUGGGCCGAAAGCCUUUCCCUUUGGCCAAGCCGCUAAGCGAAGCAACCCCAGGCGAAGGCGAGGGCGACGUUUACAUCAUAGAACACAGCAAGGAAGCCUUCCGGAGCAGAGAAGAGUAUGAGUCCCGUCUGGAGCGCUAUGCAGAGAGGAUCUGGACCUGCAAGAGCACAGGAAGCAGUCAACUAACUCACAAAGAGGCUUGGGAUGAGGAGCAGGAAGUUGCUGAAUUGUUAAAAGAGGAAUUCCCAGUGUGGUAUGAGAAGCUGGUGCUGGAGAUGGUUCAUCAUAACACCAUAUCAUUGGACAAGUUGGUAGACCAGUCCUGGAUGGAGAUUAUGACUAAAUAUGCUGAUGGAGAGGAAUGUGACUUUGAGGUUGGUCCAGAAAAGUAUUUGCGUGCAAAAAUUGUGAAAGUACACCCAUUAGAGAAAGAGGAACAGGCUUCUGAGAAAAAGUCUGAAGGUUCUUGUGACUCUCCAUCCAGUGACAAAGAAAACUCCAACAAAGUAGCUCAGGACAUCCAAUUGAAGGAGGAGAGCAACAGACGGGAAAGCUUGAGUAGCUUAAGGGAAAGUGACCGGGCCCGACGUUCACCUCGCAAGCUCCCUACAAGCUUAAAAAAGGAAGAGAAAAAGUGGGUCCCACCUAAAUUUCUUCCUCACAAAUAUGAUGUGAAACUUCUCAAUGAAGACAAGGUAAUCAGCUUUGUUCCUGUUGAUAGUUUGUACCGAUCAGAGCGCCCUCCAAACAAAGAAAUUCUUAGAUACUUCAUUCGACAUUAUGCACUCCGCAUUGGCACUGGGGAGAAUGCCCCUUGGGUAGUAGAAGAUGAGCUGGUGAAAAAGUAUGCUCUACCAAGCAAGUUCAGUGACUUCUUAUUGGAUCCACAUAAAUAUAUGACGCUCAAUCCAUCACCUGCAACAAAAAGGAAGAGUCUAGGAUCCCCUGACCAGAAACCAGCCAAGAAAAGCAAAAAGUCACCACUUAGCCCAUCCUCAUGGAGUCAGGUGAACCUUAAGAAAACAGGAGUUAAUAGUUCCUCCUCAGAGGAGGACAUGCAUUUAAUGAUUGGUGCAAACUUAAACAAAAAAGGUAGUUUGACUGGCAAGAAAUCUGAUAAGAAGAAACCCAAAAAUGGCAAGUCACAGGUACUGAAUGGCCAAAAAGUUUCUGGCAAGACUCGCUCACCUAAAAAAGGGUUGAAGAGCCCAAAGCUAAAACAAAUGACCUUAUUGGAUAUGGCUAAAUCUACUCCAAAAGUGUCUCGGGCUCAAAAAGGUGGUUCAAGCACACCUAGGUCAAGCAGCAAACCUCACAAAUACCUUCCCCCAGCUGCUCUCCACUUAAUCUCUUACUAUCGUGACAACAAAAAUCGCGAAGACCGUAAAAGUGCUCUGUCUGCACUGAUUUCUAAAGUGGCUCGAAUGCUGACUGCUGAGGACCGUAAAAGGCUGCCUGAUGAUCUGCAAGAGCUGGUUCAGAAACGCUAUGACCUGCUUGAGCAUCGCAAGCAGUGGGCAGUGAUGACAGAGGAGCAACGUGAGGAAUACAUGCGCAAAAAAAGAGAGGCACUGAAAGUCCGUAUUAAGGAGAAGGCUCGGGAACGGAAACAGAAGGAGAGAGAAGAACGUCUGGAAAAACAGAAGAGAUAUGAGGAUCAGGAGAUCACUGGCAAAAGCUUGCCAACUUUCAAACUUGUAGAUACCCCAGAAGGACUGCCUAAUGCACUGUUUGGGGAUGUAGCAAUGGUGAUAGAGUUUCUCAGUGGCUACUCAGACCUGCUUCUACCAGAUGCGCAGUACCCAGUGACUGCAGUAUCCUUAAUGGAAGCUCUUGCUGCAGAGAAGGGUGGAUUCAUGUACCUUAACAGAGUACUUGUUGUGCUACUUCAGACACUCCUACAGGAUGAGAUUGCUGAGGACUAUGGAGAACUUGGUAUGAAAUUAUCUGAGAUUCCUCUCGUGUUACACUCUGCCUCGGAGCUGGUUCGCCUUUGUUUACGUAAAUCCGAUUCUCCUGCUGGGGAAAGUGAUUCCACUGAAAAAGGAGACGAAGAUAGUGUAGGAUUUGCUGUCUACCAAGAUGAUGAGGUGGAAGAUGAGUAUCUUGAGAAGUUGGAGACAUCUGAGUUUUUUGAGUUAACAACAGAGGAGAAACUUCAUAUUCUGGCUGCUCUCUGCCAUCGAAUUCUAAUGACUUACUCUGUGCAAGAUCAUGUGGAUGCAAAACAGCAGCGCUCUGGUGAGCUUUGGAAAGAAAGACUGGCCAUUCUUAAGGAGGAAAAUGAUAAGAAACGUGCUGAGAAACAGAAGCGAAAAGAACAGGGAACUGUAAAGCCCAAGGAAGAAGUGCAGGCAGCAAAGAUUGUGAAAAAGCAAGAAAAGAUUAACACGCAACAGGACAAUGAUGCAGAAGAUAUGAUCAGUGCAGUGAAAAGCCGGAGGCUGCAAGCCAUGCAGGCUAAAAAAGAGAAGGAAGAACAUGAGAAGCUAACAAAAGAGCGAAUAGAAAGAGAGACCGAAGAAGAGAGAUCCCGCAAGCAGAAAGCAUCUGCUGAGAAAGCAUUUCACGAAGGCAUUGCAAAAGCAAAAUUAGUUUUGAGAAGAUCUCCACUUGGAACAGACCGCAACCACAACAGGUAUUGGCUGUUCUCAGAUGAAGUCCCUGGAUUGUAUAUUGAAAAGGGUUGGGUGCAUGACAGCAUUAAUUACAGGUUCAGUCCCGAGUCUAAACAAGAUAGUGAACAGGAUGCUGAAGAAAGUGAAGAUGCAAAUAGCAGUAUUGGGUGCCCUGAUGAUUCGACUCAAAGGGAGGAAAAACAUGCAGAGACUACUGUGCCCAAACAGGGGCAGAACUUAUGGUUUCUCUGUGAUACUCAGAAAGAACUUGAUGAGCUUCUUGAUUCUCUGCAUCCGCAGGGCUUCAGAGAGAGCCAAUUAAAAGAGCGCCUGCAAAACAGGUAUCAGGACAUUAUGCACUCCAUUCAUCUUGCUCGUAAACAAAACUUGGGGUUAAAGACCUGUGAUGGACAGCAAGAGCUGUUAAAUUUUCUGCGCAGUGAUAUCAUUGAAGUUGCUACCCGCUUACAGAAGGGAGGCUUGGGAUAUCUAGAUGAUACAACAGAAUUUGAAGCAAAGGUUCGCACACUUGAGAAUCUCAAGGAUUUUGGAGAAUGCAUAGUGUUUCUCCAGGCUGCUGUCAUCAAAAAAUUCUUACAGGGUUUCAUGGCUCCAAAACAGAAAAAACGUAAGCAUCAGUCAGAGGAGGCAGCAGCAAAAGCAGAAGAGCAAGAUGAAGAGAAGAAAAUGGCAGAAGAAGCAAAAGUUGCAUCAGCUGUUGAGAAAUGGAAAGUGGCCAUUCGGGAUGCCCAAACAUUUUCACGCAUGCAUGUCUUACUGGGGAUGUUGGAUGCCUGUAUCAAGUGGGAUAUGUCUUCUGAAAAUGCUCGGUGUAAAGUGUGCCGCAAGAAAGGUGAAGAUGACAAGCUCAUUCUGUGUGAUGAGUGUAAUAAAGCAUUCCAUCUCUUCUGUCUGCGACCAGUAUUAUUUAACAUACCUGAUGGAGAAUGGUUGUGUCCUGCAUGUCAGCCUGCAACUGCUAGACGAAGUUCUCGGGGCAGAAAUUACGCUGAAGACUCAACUCAAGAUGAAGAUGAAGAGGAGGAGGAAGAAGAAUCCGAGGAGGAGGAAGAGGAGGAAUCGGAUGAGGAGGAGGAGGAGCAGGAAAUGAUGGGACAGAGAUUGAGAUCCCGCAAAGCUGCAAAGGGUAAACCAGGCCGGCCUACUCGACGUGGGCGUCCACCAAAGAACAAUACUCAUUCUCGUGUCUCACGACAACGAUAUGUGGAAGACACUGAAGCUGAUGUUGAGGAGAUGGUGCGUCAAAGCAAACCCACCUCCCGCCGCCAGAACCAGGAGUUUCAGAAGUGUGAAGAGAUUUUGGCAAAACUCAUAAAGUACAGAUUCAGCUGGCCUUUCAGGGAGCCCUUCAAUGCUGAUGAGAUAGAAGACUACACGAAAGUGGUGACAACCCCAAUGGACUUCCAGACCAUGCAGAGCAAAUGUUCAUGUGGCAGUUACCAGACAGUGCAGGAGUUCCUUAAUGAUCUUAAACUGGUAUUUGGAAACACAGAGCUGUAUUAUGAGGCUGGAAGUUCCCAGUUGUCCUGCUUGGAAAAGACGGAGCAAUGCGCUCGAGACCUACUUGGCAAACACCUGCCUGCACACACUUAUCAGAGAAGACAUCGUAAGCACCAGUCUCCCGAGCCAGAGCCCGAGACAGCCAAUCCCGGCCGGGGGCGCAAACAGAAGAAAUGAAAAACUUAUAAACAAGGGAGAGGGUUUGGGGCAGAGCUCAUGGAAGAAUUGAAGAAGAUGUAGAAAUGGAGAGUUGGGGUGGCAGAACCUCGUGUUUUCCCGAUGAAUGAUACCAUAAAUACCUUGACAUGUUUGUUGCAUCGGAGAGAAGAUAAAUACAAAAUGUGCGGAAGUCAGACGUGCCACAGCUAAAUCCGUUUAUAUCGUCUUAUUCCCAAAUUAGAUUUCUAUCGCCCACCAACUAAAACUGCCGCUAUCUGGUUUUGUCAUGGAACCCCUCUUGCUUAAGAGAAUGUGGUUUAUGAAUGAUCAUAUCUAUCAUAAUAUUGCUGCUUCAUUUUGGCUUUUUAAGUUUUCUAUGAGACCUACCAUUCAGUGUCUGCUUGCAUAUUGCCAGUGCUGCACAUACUGCUUUGUUCAGUGGAAGGGUGAUUUAAAGGACAAGUGUUUCUUUAUUGCUAGGGAACCGUCGGGCAUAUUGCUAGAAAUUAUGUACGUGGAUUUCUCCGUUAAAUAAUUAUUUUAAUCAGCCUUCAGAUUUUUAUGAUCUUUCUCGGACUAUGUUGCUGAUAACUCCGUUAAGGGUCUUCUGUCAAACAAGUGGCUGUUUUACGUCUGACUUCUGUGAUUAGAUCCUCUAUUUACCCUUUGUAUUUAUAGAUUAACACCCAUCUCCUUCUCGUAGACGUUCCCCAGGCAAUCAUUGGGAGGCAUCCUAAGGCUGAAUAAAAUAAUGUAUCAUAAAAUUUUAAAAGAAUCACCAGCUCCCCAUUCUGGCCUGCCUCCCAUGUGUAACUGCUACCAGCACAGACAAAUACGGAAAAGACUGUUUUAGCAAUUUGGAUUUUGCUACAUUCUCCUCUCCCAUUGGAUGGGUUAUUGAAUAUUCUUCCUCUGCCGACACAGGUAUCCAACCGUCAAACAGGAGAGUCACUUUUUUUGUGUAUUUUUUUUGUACUUACCUUUUUUCCCCUUUUUUCUAGAUAUUCAAUGUCUGCUUGUGAUCUUGUAUAAAGGGAGCCUUUGUCUGGAUUUGGCACAUGUACAGUACAGUUUAUAUGAAAACAAGUGUUUUUGCCUUUAUUAAUAUUAAAACUGAAGGAACAUGUGUAAA